AUGAAUCAGACGAGCUGCAUCGAACACUCGGACACAGUCGUUGUCGAUGACGAUGAGAGCGAUACAGCGAGUAGUGUUACCAUCGAUAAUGACCCAGAUAGAUCAUUCUUCCUCGAUGAGACCCGCCCAGGAACAAGGCUACGAACCCCAACACCUUUCCGUUUAGGCCCACAUACUCACCAAGAGAUCAUUGAUCUUACUUCUGGUCCUGAGCUUUUGGUCACAGAUGGGGACUAUCUCACCGACGAGUGCUUGGAGCGGCUGUUACACGAUUGGGAACAUCCAGAGGCCGCUGGAGCAGCUCCUCCCGCACGCUCAGAUAGGCCACUAGUGAGAACAGAAAUCCUGAGAAGACACCCGAUCGAGCAUGCUUGUGUUGAUGACAUAGUCUACAAGCCUGGACAGUCGCUUGAACUUGAAAAAGGGAAAUAUCUUCGCAUCACGACUAUCCUCCAAGAUGCAGAUGGAAAUGUCUUCUUUCAAGGCCGUCACCUGAUAUCAACUAAGAACCAUAAGGAAUCAUAUAUGCCUAAAUGGUCAAACGAGCUUGUGUGGAUUUUAAAUGAGACAUCAGAAAUUCCCUUGGCUGCUGCCACGCGCUUUGUCAACAUCCAUUUCACAAACUGCUGCCACGUUGACCAUGAUUUCCAGAAGAAAAGUCAACCAUUCGAUUUAUUCUGUCGCCUAAAAGAAAACCUUGAUCCUACUAAGGCCUCGGUUGAAUAUCUUUCCUUUGAAGACUCGGAUGAGAAGUUCCGGAUUGAAUCAGCGACGUUGCGAGAAUCAUGGAGAGGUGAAACUCGUCCGUUUGGCAAUGCUAAGAGGGAUAUUUCACGCUCCCCGGUCAUUACCCUUGAUGGAGUGGAACCCAUCAUCGACCUUACUUCUCAAAACCAGAGCAUUAGUGACCAAAAAAUGCGCCGACAGUAUACGUUUGGCGAUGGAUUCUGCGGAGCUGGGGGGGUCUCAUCUGGUGCGCAAAAAGCUGGUUUGCAUAUCAAGUGGGCAUUUGAUCAGUCUGAACAUGCGAUAGCGACGUAUCGUAUGAACUUUGAAACUGCGCUAUGCGAACAAAGCGAUAUCUUUAGUUUCUUGACGAACGGGCCAGAUUUUCUGAAAGUGGAUGUGAGCCAUGGUUCUCCUCCAUGCCAGACAUUCUCACCAGCACAUACUAUCAACAGUGCUAAUGACGACGCGAAUUCUGCCUGCAUCUUCUCAUGUGCGGAUAUGAUCCAGCACUGCAAGCCGCGAGUACAUACCAUGGAGGAGACAAGUGGUCUAUAUGAUCGACACCAGGAAACUUGCUACCGCGUGAUUCUGGAUUUCAUUGAGGCUGGUUACUCUGUUCGGUGGAAAAAGCUCAAUUGUAUGGACUAUGGCGUUCCGCAACCACGAAAAAGGCUUGUUAUCAUUGCCUCCGGACCAGGGGAAGUCCUGCCGCCUUUCCCAAGGCCAACGCAUGGGCUGCCGGGUUCAGGGCUUUUACCAUACGCCACCAUCAAUUCUGUGAUUUCAAAUAUCCCGCCAAAUGCUCUAGAUCACGAUAUUGAGGGGGCUAGAAUUCGUGGGCGGCGGAAUGGACUCAGAGCGCCUUUCAGCCCCAAUCAGCAAGCGAAGACAAUAACCUGCAGUGGCGGGGAGAAUAAUUAUCAUCCUUCGGGGACGCGGGGGUUCACAAAUCGAGAAUUUGCGUCCUUGCAGACCUUCCCUUUGGAACAUUUGUUCGGGACCACAAAUGUUCGCAGGCAGAUUGGGAACGCCGUGCCGCCUGCGCUGGCAUGGGCGGUCUAUCGCGAGAUUAUCAAUUCAUUGCACCGUACCGACGAGGAGGAAAUUCGAUCUAGAAGCAUGUGA